AUGGAAGCCGGGUCCAUCCCAAGCACGCCGCCACCACCUUAUCAAACUCUACCCCCAACACCGGUCCCAACGCCGGUGCCAACACCAGCUCUGAAUCAUUCCUCAGUCCAUGUCCCAUCAACAGUAAUUGCGCCCUCGCAAUCGACACCGGAUAUAGCGUAUCAUUGCGCCCACCCUCUCCCAUAUCAACAACCCGUGAAUCCUGUGUACUAUGCUCAUCAUGCCGGAGGUCAUCCGCCGACACCUGCUGCUACGGUGCUUGCACGACCGCAACAACGUCCGUGGCGGUCCUAUCUGCAGGUUGGUGCAAUUGCGGCCACCUUGAAUGACGCCGGGAAUCUCGCUGUGGAAGUGUAUGAUUCAAUAGCAAAUCCGCGACCAACUAGGGAGCAAUAUGGAGGCGCGUUAGAUGCCGUGGCUUUGAGGUUGGAUAAUGUCCUCACUUCGAUGGAUGAUGGGACAUAUCAAGUCAACUCAGCGGAUCUGGCUGUAGCCGAAAAUCAGGUCUUUGCCAAUGCGGAUGCAACCGCAUCAUCUCUGACCUUGGCAGAUAUACCACCAUCUUCAUCAGAAAACCAUAAGCAGUCAAGGCACAGAGACCACAGACGACGCCCAUCAACCUCAGCAACUAAGAUUAAUGUACCGACUGUCGCGCGCAUACCAGGAAGCUCAACCAAUCCUUUCUCCAAAGUCUACAACUACGCCAACGCUUACACCUCAUCUACCCUCCCUCCAUUGAAAUUGUACUUUGCUACCUGGCCGCUGAUCUGCCUUGCGUCAACAUAUUCCCGACGAGCCUACGAGAAACCGUCAAGCAAAGAACGACAAAACUUCGUCUCAGGGGACUGGAGACGCGGUACCAAGGCCGUUGUGCUGAAAUCAAUUCCUCUUGACGAGAAGAAUACAGUCGUUCUCGCCAUUCGAGGGACGCAGAAUUUCCAAGACUGGGCUGUCAAUAUCCGAACCGAGCCUACCGCACCUACAAACCUCCUCGAUGACGAAGGUAACCUGUGUCAUGCGGGAUUUCUUAGUGUCGCCAGGAAGAUGAUCAAGCCUGUUGCAGCGCAAUUGCGCGAUCUACUUCAAGAAAACCCACGACGCGCGACAUGUUCCCUAGUUCUCACAGGUCACAGCGCAGGCGGAGCAGUGGCAGCGCUUUUAUACUGCCAUAUGUUAUCGCAGACGGUAACCAGCGAAUUGACCGAACUGCAGGACCUGUUCAAGAGGGUUCACUGCAUAACAUUCGGCGCACCACCAAUCUCGUUACUACCCUUGCAGAAACCAAAUAGUAAGACACGAUACGACAAGAACCUAUUCUACGGAUUUGUGAAUGAAGGCGAUCCAGUCGCGAGAGCAGACAAGACAUAUGUCAGAAGUCUGCUGGAGCUCUAUGCGCGACCGGAUCCUGCGGCUUCACUCAAGCUGCCUUCUUGCUCCAAUGAUAGUAAGGUUACGAUUACAGGCGGUAAAUCGAAACCGAUAUGGAAUGUCCCCGAAGCCACGCUCUCCUUAGCAGGACGAAUCAUUGUUCUUCGAACUCGGAAACAUUCUCGAUCAUCGAAGUAUCAUCCUUCUGAGCAGCGGAAAGAUGGCAAGAGAAAGACGGCUUUCUCUUCUUCGAGUAUAUCGAUUGAAGCCGUGACUGCCUCUGAUGCAGAGCUUAGAGGACUGAUUUUCGGCGAUCCAUUGAUGCAUACUAUGGAUCUGUAUGCGCAGCGGAUCGAGCACUUGGCUACUAGGGCUGUUGUUGGAUCGAGUGUUGCGUAG